AUGAUAUUUUUUCACCAGAAUCCGUAAAAGGAUUAAUUUUUUAAAGACUUUUCUUUUUUUGGAUUUUUCCCAGCAUGUACGAAAACGGUAUCUGUAGUCUUGACUGAUGCUUUUGUGGGUUUUUUAUAUUUUUACAUGUUGAUUCUUUGAACGAAGAAAGUCAAAAACUACUGAAGUGAGGAGAUAAUCUGAAAACAUAGUACUUUGAAAAAUGUAAUUUCUGUAUUUAUGUCGCUUUGAAUCUUGCAAUCAUCGCCUGAUACUCAUAAAGUAACUUUACCAUGAGUAAGGAGCCAGGCGAGCUUCAAAAAUUUCUCCUAGAAUGGAAAAAAGAGCUUGAUAUCUCGCGGAAAGGAUUGAAUGGAAAGUCAAUAGACAAGGAAGAAAAGAGCUCGACUGAAUGGAAAGAAGUUUGUUUGAUUACCCAAGAAGAAAAGGAUAGAGAAAAAGCUAAAAGUGAAUUUGAAGGAACAGCCGGAUUCUUUUUAUCGAACCAUGGCAAUGAGAAGAAAUCCACUAGCGAAGAUUCGAAGGAUCCUAAGGAUUUAGUGCUUUUGAACUUACCAAAUCCAGAGGUGAAAGAACAAGAAAAGAAUAAUAAAAGUCAUGCUAAGAAGCAAAAAAUUGACAAGAAAGCAGAUGAAAAUUUAUUAGAGCUAUUGAUUGCUGACAUCGAUGAAAUUACUGUGAUUCCUUUUUUUGAUCUACAGUUGCCAAGAGAGAUUGGUUUAAACAUUUUUACACACCUGACUAUACGAGAUCUUUGCCACUGUGCAUCAGUCAGCAAAUCAUGGAGAAAUUUAGCUGAAGAUGGAUUACUGUGGUUCAGCUUGGGUGUUAAGUUGGGUUUUGUUGAUGGCAAGACUGCUGGGAUCUUAGACCAUGUAGACUGGAAAGAGUUUGUUCAUAAAGCAGUAGUACAAGAAAGACAGCUGAGAAGUAGAUGGAAAGAAAGAAUCUGUAGAAUAGAUGCCUUGGAAUAUGAAAGGGGAGGAAGUCUCUGUGCUAUGUCCAAGUGUAAUAACCUGUUAUGUGCUGGUUAUUCAUCCAAUGCUGUUCUCUUAUGGGAUAUAAAGGAGGACCAAAGAGCGACAUUUAAAAUAUUGGAAAGGUUUUCUGAUGGGCUGCCGCAGCAGCAGCAAUCUUACCCAACGUGUACUGCAGUUACUGACAAACUUUGUGCCGCUGGAUUUUCAGAUGGGAAUCUAAAUCUGUGGCAUAACACUCUCUCCACCUCACCUCUUUAUCAUUGUCACUUGGAAGGGUCUGUUAGGACCAUAGCUUUAGCUACAAAGAAUGAACCAACAUGCAUUGCGGCAUCUAGUCAUGAAAUGAGGAUUGAUGUUGCAGAUGUUAACGGUCAGUGGCAUUGUCAUGAACAAAAAACAUUUGAAACCCAGAUUAAAGGAAUCGAAUACCUACCAAGAAUAAAUUCAAGAGAUUCUGUUGUCAUAGCUACCAGAGAUACCGUUAACAUUAAAAAACAUACCUGUCGAGAAGACCUUACGAUAAUAGAUCAUGUGAUUGGUGGCAAGAUCACGUGUCUUGACUGUAAUGCUGAUGUCAUUGCUGUUGGAGUAGGUCCAUAUGGCUACGGUAUCCUUGGAAACACGGUACGACUUUACCGCUCACACACCGGAAGUCUUCUGUCAGUCCUUCCUGGUCACUACCACGAGGUCACGUGUCUCAACCUCAAAGACUCUCCGCCUCAACGCAUUGUCACCGGAAGUUACGACAAACGCGUUCGUAUCUAUGACUUGCGCACUGAGACUAUCGCAAUAAAUUUACGCGGUCAUCAAGAUCACGUGACCACAGUCCAGAUGGACGAAUGGAAGGUGGUCAGUGGUGCGCACGAUGGAAAUAUAUUUGUGUGGGAUCAGCGAAUGGCAGCGGUUUUAUGGCACACGCAUGCGCGUCACCCGGUUAGAUUCUGUCAUUUUGACAGAGUAAGCAUGGUUAGUGCUAACAUACCGAACGAAAAAAAGGCACAAACUKACUCUUGGUAUGCCGAUGAUUUGAUUUUGCAUCGGCGCAGUAGAGGAUCGUUACGGCUAUUUGACUUCUCCUCGGAUAACGCCACCCAAGGGGUGCCGGACAUUUGUUCGUCAUCGUAUGACGAUACUACAGGCUAUAAUUAUAACAUUGCCCUAGUGACUCCGUAUGAUGAUAUCAACGAAUAAACUCUCGUUUAUCGAUC